AUGUCCUCCGAGGAGAGCCCCGAGUACUCGCCUUUCUUCGCAGUGAUGGGAGCCUCUGCGGCCAUGGUGUUCAGCGGUAAAUACUCCCGCUCCUCCACCUGACACCUCCACACCUUUAACGGAAACAUGGAGCUGACGAUCCCUCAGCUCCCACACUUUCAGAGUUCUCCUGUCUGUCUGUGAAAUAACCGAGUUUAGAGGAACAACGGCCGAGUUUCAAAGGCGUGUCCAGGAUGGUGGCCAGGGGUGGUGAGGGCCCUGAAAUCUGAUUGGCCACCCAGGUGCCACCCCUACAUCCAGAACUGUUAAAGGUUAUUUACAUCAUCUAAACAGCAGAGUAUCGCGAUAUUUUACCUGGUGAUAUAUCGUAUCGACUUAUUUGCCAAGUAUCGAUUUUUCGUUAAGAUGAAGUCAAAUCUACGAUAAUGGAAAAAUAAAAUCUACUGUUUGUCGGCUAAGAUUGGCAGAGGUGGCAUCAUAGAGCGGGAGAAAGUUUGUGCAUUAAAUAUAUAUAUGUGUUCAUAUAUAUAUAUAUAUAUAUAUAUGUAUAUAUAUAUGUAUAUGGUUUGCAAGAUGUGCUACAGGAAAAUAAAGUUAAUAAGACCAACGUAAAGAAAGACGAAUGCUAAAUUAGAAAUGGCAAUCUGUUGUAUCGCAAUACUCACUGUAUUGAAAAAUGUUAAAAAUCUCAGUAAUAUUGUAUUGUGAUAAUAUCGUAUCGUGUCGCGGGGCCUCUGGUUAUUCCCGCCCUUGUUAUUGACUUUGUCAGAGGCGGGACUAAUGAGACAAUUAACUAAAUCGACAUAAUUACCACAGAGGUCAUGUUAGCUUCUGUAUCAUUAAAACGUAGCUCCGCUCAGGGCUGUAAAUGAAGAAUAAACGCGCAGUGAGACAGGUGCAUAGGUGAGGUGGACCCGCCUUGUUUUUAAAUGGAGGGCUGUGAUUGGUCAGGAAGUGAAAAUGAUCAUGAGCCACUCUGGGCUCACUUUUCGGAGUCUGGAGAACAUGAUGGACUGUUACACGAGUGUCGCUGACAGAUGAGUGUUUGAUUGUAUUGAGAGAUCAGAGAAGUCUGGCUUCACGACACACAGUCACAUAUCAGGACCCACCAAUCAGGCAGCAGCAUCUCUGUUUAAUGACCUCACCAGGCCGCACCUUUACAUAAAUAACACAGGUGUGAUGUAGUGACGCUCGAGUGUUUUGGGGUAAAUUAGAAAUCUGUUACACGUGAACAUGUUGUCCCCCCCCCCCCUCUGCAUGAGUCAGUGCUGAAGCAGGACCACCCCGGACAGGAGGGCCCUGGACACGCCCCUGCUGUGCGAGUGUUAGUGUAGUUUUAUCAUCACUCUGAAGACGUUUCCUGACGUGGACUUUAUUGAGGUCAGAUGGUCGGUGAUCCGUCACUGCAGAUCCUCAUGGAUUCUAACAGAUCUGAUUCAGAGAGGCGGUCUCCUGCUGGUCCUGAUGACACUCACCACACGAGGGUCUGAACAUGAGUUUGUGAAGCUGAGCAGAUCCUUCCUGUCUUUACUUCAGUCUUUAUAUCAUAAAUACAGACUGAUCCGGUCUACAGUCUCAGAGGAGGCUGGUCUCUGUUCAUUCAGGUUUCUCUUUGACUGAAAUAACCACAGAGACGCUCUGAGAGACAGAGGGAGACACCCUGUUCUGAUGGUCCCUGAGCGAGUAUUCUCAGGACUGUGUGUCCCUCUGAUCGGACUCCUGCAGCCUUCAGAUGAAGUUUCACCCUCUCAUUCACAUGUUCAGCUCAGAGAGGAGGGUUCGACCCUCUGAUAUCCAACUCCUGAUCCUCACGAACUCCCUCAGAUAUCUGCUGUGGUGAUCUAAAACAGGAGCUGCUCUCUAAACCCGUCACUGUCCUGUAAACUGAGGGUCACAGUCUGAAUGUGGAGCCGUUUUCUAACGAAACUGUAAUUAAUUUGUUCAGACGGAGGAGGAGCCUCAGCUGAGCCUCUGUGAUCAAACCUGACGGAGAGUUUCUGUGACGUCUCUGAGGUUCAUCUCACUCAGUCUGUUCAAAACUGCAGGUGUCCUUCAAGGACCUGAGAUCACCUGAACCUAAAGUGAAGAGUGUUUGUAAAGGAGCAGUCCGUCCUUUUUAACAACGACCCUCUGCUCCUGCAGGAAAAACCUCCUCUGAUGUGUAACUCUGAGACCAGGUUCCACUGUUAUCACUGUUCACCCCUCAUACAGGACUCACCCCUUAUCGCUGAGUCUGGUCCACCUGCCCCGGUCUGACUCUGUUGAACACCUGGACUCCAGAGUGACUCUGGAUCAGAUCCUGUUCAGUAUCAGGUCCUCAGUGAGUCUCUGUUAUGUCAGUCAUGCUCUCAUGUUUCAGGCGCCUCCUCACUCCAGCUGAAAGUCGUUUCCUCGGACCCGAGUGUUUAAAACCGGCAGCGUGUAACGCGCCAUGACGCCAUGACGCCACACAAACUCAGCAGUUUCAGUUUUGUCCUCAUGAAUUUACCGUCUGUGACAUCAGAGCAUCAGAGACGUCCUCCAUGGAGCUUCAGGCAGACCCUCGGUAAAGAGGCGCAGUGGUCCGGCGCCUGUUUUCCCGUUUUCAGCUUCACUUCUCGUCCGUUAACGGCAGACUGGUCCUGAGGAGUCCUGAGGGUCUCAUGCAGAAAAAGAUCGAGAGUUUAUCUGAAUAUGAGCUGUUUUUAUUUGAUCCUUAUGAGCGUUAAACAGAAAAGUGAGGAAACUGGUUUAACGGGGAAGUUUAUGAAGGUGCAGAGCUGAAACCUGUGAAGUGAUGUAAAUGGAUCUGAACUGUUUCGAUGAACGUUUAAACUCACUACGUUUCCAUCCACCUUAUAGUUUUCUCUGUUUCCUCCUCGCAGAGUCUCAGGAUAAGUGGACAGAGCUGGAAAACCGUCACAGAAAAUAAUGUUUUUUUUUACUCUAUAAUCUGACAGAUUGUUGUAGCUUUGAGCAGAAGUGAAGAUCUGAUCACUGCAGGUUUCUGAUAAUCCUCUGAUCAAUAAGCUCUGAUAAUGUUUCCGUGGCUGUGGACGUGACAGAAACCAGAGACACAGAUUUACCCCCUUUUUUAACUGGUCUGAUGAGAUCUGGAUCAGAUGUUGGGUCGUUCAGUCCACCUCCUCUCUCUGAUCGAUGACUUUCAUUCAUGCUGACAGUCAAACAUCCUGUUUUUUUUCAGCUCUGAAUCUGAAAUCGAUGUUCUGGAUUACUCGUCCUCUCUCUCUCCGUCUGUAUUUCUCUCUGACUGAACAGAUGCUUCAUCCUGACCUCCUCUUCUUCUUCUUCUUCUUCUCUCCUCUGCAGCGUUAGGAGCGGCGUAUGGGACGGCAAAGAGCGGCACAGGCAUCGCUGCCAUGUCGGUGAUGCGGCCAGAGCUCAUCAUGAAGUCCAUCAUCCCCGUGGUCAUGGCCGGUAUCAUCGCCAUCUACGGGCUGGUGGUGGCGGUGCUGAUAGCAAACAACAUCUCUGAGAGAGUCACUCUGUACAAGUAAGAGGAUUACACUCUCUGUCUGUGUUCACGUGUUUGUUUGUUCAAAACUCACAAAAACGACAAAACGAGUCUCUGAAAGACAAAGAGUCUGAGCUGUUCGAGUCUUUGAGGAACGAGGCGUCACACUGCAGCGGCGGACAGCCUCAGGUCUUCUAGUGUCGGAGUGAAGCAGGUUCAAACAAAUCCAGAUUUCCUCCUGUUUACUGAAGAGGAGAGAGAGGAAGCUGAAGGUUGGGUUAGUGCGUCUGCAGCGUCAACGCUCACCGCUACGGCGGUAAAAACACUUAACUCUGCGUGUGUGGGAAAGAGUCCGAGGAGUUCUGAUUCAGCACAUUAUAAAGAAAGCUGACGCAGGACCUCAUGACCGACCGAAUCACCACGAAAAUAAAAUCAACUCGAACAACGUCGGAAUUUUCUUCAACGUGAGUUUUUCUCCCACAGAAAAAAGGGAAAGAAAAGAAGAGAGAAAUCAAAAACAGCCUCUUCUGUUUCCUCUCUGGUUUGGAGACUCAAACCGUCGUGGGCUGAUCUACAUUCAGCUGGUGGACGCAGAAGCUGUUGUUGUUUCUUUGUUGUCACGGAGACGCCGUUAAAAACAAGCAAGAUGUCGAUCAAAGAUUUAUCAGCUGCGCCCACACGCUUGAAAAACAUCCAUCAGCCAAAUGAGCCGUUUUUAGACGGAGCUUUCAGCGUCGAGUCGGUGCUGAAUGAGACGCAGAAUUUCACCGUCAGAAACGUGUUUUUAUUUUUCAGCAGUUUGUUUAUCUGCUCCUGACAUUUUCAGGAGUUCAGCUUCAACACUCUCUGGAGGUAAACCUGUUCCUUCACGGCGUAACGUCUUACCUGUCUGACGAGGAGGGUGUUGUCUUCCUCCCGUGUGAAAACAUGAUUAUGGAGAAAACCGCAGAGUUCAGGUUUUCUCAGACACUCGAACUCGACUCGACACCUGUCCUCUGAGGUUUGGUCUCUGGGUUUACGGUGUUUAACAGACAGGUGCACAGGUCCUCUCCUACAGUAAUCCUCCUCCUUUAACCUCGUUUGCUUUCCUCACUGUUUUGUGUCUCUUAAUAACCUUUGCUUAAAAGCUGUUGAAGCGAACGUUUUCACUUAAACAGCGAUGAUUUUCUUUGACGCUGCUCGGAGGAUAAAAAGUGACCGCCUUCAGGGCCUCAGGAAUUCACUCAUGCAUCCUAAUGGCCUCCUCGUUUGUCCAUCUGUACGCUCAGUAUGCUUCCUCAUGUAUUUGCCAACAGGAGCCCCUGAUUUCGAGUCUCUGAAGAUUAAAAACUGAAGAUUCUCACAGUCUCCUCAAAAAUCUGAUCAAAGUUUUAAAUAUUUCCCGCAGCAGUUUCUCACGUUACGUCACGGCGUCCUGAUCCGUCUCCUCUCUCUGAUUCCCUCCAACAGGAGUUUCCUGCACCUCGGUGCCGGUCUGAGCGUGGGCCUGAGCGGUCUGGCGGCUGGGUUCGCCAUCGGCAUCGUGGGCGACGCCGGUGUGAGGGGGACCGCCCAGCAGCCCCGGCUCUUCGUGGGCAUGAUCCUGAUCCUGAUUUUCGCUGAGGUGUUGGGGCUCUACGGCCUCAUCGUGGCCCUCAUCCUAUCCACAAAAUAA